AUGGGUUUCCUGCAUGAGCUCGUGCACGCUGCGAAGAAGACGGACGCCCUCGUCCUUCUGGGCGGCUCGCUCUCCGUCGUCGCCCUCUCCUCUGUUUGCAUGCGCAUGCUGGCGCCGCGACAGCAUCCCCGAGAUCUUCAUGAAGGUGAUUGCUCCUGCUGCUCUGAGGCGGGUUCCAUGAAGCUCUGCAAGAACGGUGUCCCGGGCCGGCUCCAUUACAACUACACGCCCUGUGCCCCCGGUGUCCUGCCGGUGACCUGCAAAGCCGAUGGCAAGCCCAUCCGGGUGCUCCUGAUUCAUGGGAUGUGGCAUGGCAGUUGGUUUUGA